CACGGAUCCAUCUCCCCAGGAACAAACGCUGUGUCGGGUUUAAUUUUCAGUAACGGCAACACAUGGAAGCAGCAGAGGCGUUUUGCAUUUUCAACACUAUUUUGGAUUUGGCAAGAAGUCACUUCAACCCAUCAUCUUGGAUGAAUUUGCAUAUUGUGCAAAAGUCUUCAAUAGCUAUAAAGAGAAAUGGGCAGGCUGGCAAUGCUUUUGAUGAGGAAAACCUGGUUAUAUGUGUCAUGGAUCUGUUUGUGUCCGGCUCUGAGACCAUAUCCACCACCCUGCGCUGGGCUUUCCUCUACAUGGCAAAGUACCCCGAGAUUCAAGCAAAGGUCCAGGCUGAGAUAGACAGAGUGAUUGGACAGUCCAGACAGCCAUCCAUGGAAGAUCGUGCAAACCUGCCCUACACCGAUGCUGUUUUACACGAGAUCCAGAGGUUUGGCAACAUAGUUCCUCUCAGCCUGCCUCGUGUUACCAACAGGGACAUCCAGCUGGGAGGCUACACAAUCCCAAAGGUGCUGUUUGACAAGAAUGAGUGGGAGACGCCCGACACCUUUAAUCCAGGACACUUUCUGAACGAGGAGGGCAAGUUUGUGAAGCGAGCUGCUUUCAUCCCUUUCUCUACUGGUAAGCGGGCAUGUCUGGGGGAGAGCCUUGCCAAGAUGCAUCUUUUCCUCUUCUUCACCUCCUUUAUGCAGCACUUCACCUUCUCCAUGCCUGCUGGGGUCAAGCCUGUGAUGGACUUUCGCUUUGGCAUCACUUUGGCACCACGUGAAUAUGAAAUCUGCGCAACCUCCCGCUUUGAGUAGCUCUAACAUAAAAAAUACAUUUUUUUAUAAUUUUUUUUUUCUAUCAUCACUACUCAUGAUUAUGUCACAGGAUGACAGGGUGACAGGGUUUAGUGAAAUUCAAUUGAUUUUUGGCUUUUAGAUGACAUGUCAUGGUCCACUGCCGAUAUCUUUUUUCAGGCUGCAAACUGUGAUGUAGUUAGUUUCUUUGUACUUUUUGUUUUGUUUCGUUUCAUGGCGUUACCUUUCCCAGUGGGCUCCAAAUCCUGGUUGUGACACCUCUGGGGCCUCCUUCUUUAAGGCUAGUUUGGUUUAGCCUGGCUCAAUUGUUUAAUAUUUUAACUUUUUCAUUUACAAAGGAGACAUGAGAUACUUUGCCUACUGCUUACCAUAAAACAUUCUCAUAGCAUGAACAUGGACACAUUUAAAGUAAAUGCAGAAAUGUCAUAGUGUCAGAAUGGCAUAGCAAUAAAGCUUCUUGAAUUUCUGAAUACUAACUGGAAUUUAACCUAUGUUAUUUAAACAUUGCUAUUGCUUUCUUAGAUUAAAGAUUACAUUUGUG